UAGACAAAAACGGAUAACAAAAGGCAGUUGACCUUGCUGGCUGCUUUUUAUUUUUUCCCCAAAAAAAAAAACAAAAUGGUUGUUACAAACAUAUUGGUUUGAAAAGUUUCCUCACAAAAUUCAUUUGACUUUAGUUUCAUUGCAACUCCUCCUACCCGCUGUUGCGACUUUCCACCAACAACACAGACUAACAAAAGCGAUCAGAGUGAAAGACCGUGUCUCUUGUUGGCCAUGGAAGAGAAAUUAUCUAGUAAAGCUGGAGCGAAGCCUAUUCGAUGCAGAGCUGCGGUGAGUCGCAAACCCGGGGAACCUCUUUUGAUCGAAGAGAUCAUCGUGGCACCCCCGAUGCCCCGUGAAGCUCGGAUUCGAAUUAUCUGCACCUCUCUCUGUUACAGUGAUAUCACUUUCUGGAGAAUGAAGGAAUUUCCUGGAGUUUUUCCUAGAAUUCUUGGUCAUGAAGCAAUAGGGGUUGUAGAGAGUGUAGGAGAGGAUGUGACUGAGUUAAUUGAAGGAGAUAUUGUGAUCCCAACCUUCAUGCCAGAUUGUAGAGAAUGCAUGGAUUGCAAAUCGGAGAAGAGCAAUCUGUGUUCGAAUUUCCCCUUCAAGGUCAGCCCAUGGAUGCCUAGAUAUGAGAGCAGCAGAUUCAAAGACCUCAACGGAGAGACUCUUUACCAUUUUCUGUCAGUCUCAAGUUUUAGCGAGUAUACAGUGGUGGACGUAGCCUAUCUCACAAAAAUCGACCCCGGUUUCCCACCGAACAGGGCAUGCCUCCUAAGCUGCGGAGUAUCAACAGGAGUUGGCGCUGCUUGGAAAACUGCAAAUGUGGAGGCUGGAUCAACUGUAGCCAUAUUUGGUCUGGGGUCAAUUGGAUUGGCUGUUGCUGAGGGAGCCAGACUAUGUGGAGCUACCAGAAUCAUCGGCGUAGAUGUGAACCCAGAUAAGUUUGAAAUUGGAAAAAAGUUUGGAGUCACAGACUUUGUUAGUGCGGUAAACAAUGGUGGCAAACCAGUGAGCCAGGUGAUCACUGAGAUGACUGGUGGUGGCGCAGACUAUUGCUUUGAGUGCGUGGGACAAGCAGCGUUGGUUCAAGAAGCCUAUGCUUGCUGCAGAAAGGGUUGGGGAAAAACAAUUGUGCUAGGUGUGGACAAGCCAGGGUCACAGGUGGCUCUUCCUUCCAAUGCCAUCCUUCAAAGUGGGAAAAUCCUUAUUGGAUCUUUAUUUGGAGGACUCAAACCUAAAUCUGAUAUUCCUGUCCUCCUCAAACGUUACACAAACAAGGAACUACACUUGGAUGAGUUUGUGACACAUGAGGUCGGAUUUGAAGACAUCAACAAAGCUUUUGAUUUACUCAUCGAAGGGCAGUGUCUAAGAUGUGUGAUCUGGAUGAACAAAAAUGAAUAAGCUGCACUUUCUUGUGACAUACAGUUCUUAUCUCUCAAAUGUGCCUCCAUUGUUAUUCCUAUGCAUUUGUCUUUUAGGUAAAAAUACCAAAUAUUUUAGACAUUGGAAAUACUGGAUGGAUUCUUAUUUUUGGUAUAAGGAGACAGAGUGUACAAAAUGUUGAUACUGCUUUAUGACACUGUAAAUGCGCUAGAUGCGCCAGUAAAGUAAAUAUUGGGGGAGUCGCUCGUUUCCUUUGA